GGCGACUAGAAAGGAAAACAAAGCUAGCCAAAAAGGAAACAAACAACGAAUCUGCAUGCGUUCUACUGUUCGAUACGGCAUAUAAGCGCUUCUAAAGACUAAACGGGGCCUCCGUGAUCAAGUGAAAUAUAUAAAAUGACGUCAGCUUUGUACUUGGAGCAUUAUCUAGAUGGUUUGGAGCAUCUACCGAACGAGCUGAAGCGUAACUUCACGCUGAUGCGUGAUCUGGAUUCGCGUGCCCAGGUGCUGAUGAAAUCCAUCGACGAGAAGGCGAACGAGUUUAUGAAGUCGCUGGUCAACUCGAAGGAGAACUUUUCGGACGAGGUGAAGAAGGAAAAACUGCAAGCCAUUCAGGAUUUGUUCAACAAAGCGAAAGAGUACGGUGACGACAAGGUGCAGUUGGCGAUACAGACGUACGAGCUGGUGGACAAGCACAUUCGCCGGUUAGACUCCGAUUUAGCACGAUUUGAGGGUGAAAUUCAAGACAAAACACUCAACGCCAGAGAAAAGUCCGAAGAGAACGUCACCAAGAAGGGUCGCAAAAAGGUUAAGGAUGGUAAAAAUGCGGCCAAAAAGAAACGUACACAUUCGUCGGAAGAUGAAGCCAGACCCGCUGGAAACGGAGGACCGUCAACGAGUGGAACAAACAGUGGCGCUACGAAUUCGAAUGGCAAGGGCAAAAACACGAAGAAGCAGAAGGUAAAUCAAGAAAAAGAAGGUCGCAAAGGGCAAAAUAAGAAGAAUGCCGAAAACGACGACAAUGCCCAAGACGGUGGUCAUUCUACUCCACAUCCCAGCGACGUGCUCGACAUGCCAGUGGAUCCAAACGAGCCCACGUACUGCUUGUGUCACCAGGUGUCCUACGGCGAAAUGAUUGGCUGCGAUAAUCCGGAUUGUCCAAUCGAGUGGUUCCAUUUUGCGUGCGUUGGUCUGACGAUAAAACCGAAAGGCAAAUGGUUCUGCCCGAAAUGUUCACAGGAUCGCAAGAAAAAAUAAGCCCGGUACUGUUGGCUGCCUCGUUUGUGUAAAUUUUUAGGUUCAUCAACAAAAGAACAUUAAACAUAUGGUAGUUUUCUUCUGUAUUUUAACAUUUCCCUUUUCCCUUAU